AUGGUAGCUGUCGAAGUUUCCAUGGAAGUACUUCCUGUCAUAGAAAGAGGUAGUAUAGCUGAAGUUAUCCAUCAUGUAAUCUACUUCAAGGAAGCUACGGAUCAAACUCCCAAGAAGAUCAAUAACCCGGCAUAUGACUCCUGGAUCUCACGGGAUCAAAUUGUGCUCGGGUAUCUCCUUCAGUCGAUUGGAUCUAAGGUUCUUCCUCACGUUCAGAGAAUCGAGACCGUCACCGGUGUCUGGCAGGUGAUUGAGGAGAUGUUCGCCUCGCAUUGUCAGACCGAAGUCACGAACUUGCGGCUCGAACUGGCGGACACAAAGAAACUACAGAUGACUACCAAUGCGUUCCUGACCAAGAUGCAACGCAUCGUCGAUGCCCUUGCUGCUACUGGCGAGCCCAUCCGCACCAGGGAGUGCAUCUGCUUCAUCCUGGCGGGACUCGGGGCUCCCUACAACGUGCUGGUCGCCACCCUCGGCGCGGUCACCACGCCGCUCACGCUCCCCUCGCUCUAUGCCCAGCUUCGGGCUUAUGACCAACGCCAGGAGAUGCUCGGUGGACCUGCUGCCUCCGAGUUUGUGACCUCCGCCAACUACACGCAACGCGGCGGACACAGAUGCUACAACAGUCGGUCCCGCGGUGAAUAUGGUGACCGCGGUGAUCGUGGUGACUACGAUCGCCGUGGCGCGCGCAUGGAGGAUAGGCGAGAUGAUCGCCGUGAUGAUCGACAGCUGCGCCAAGAACGCGGUGGCGGGCGUGCACCUUCUGGCGGGGGCCGUGGCCGUGGACGUGGAAGGCGUCGCACUACGCCAUGGGUCAACACAACCUGCUGA